AUGUUCUUUGUCUCUUUGUCUUUUGACGUGAACGCGGAUUCCGCGAGUCCAAAGGCUUGGUACGACCACCGUAUCAAUCAUGCAUCUAAUACUUCAGGUAUGUCUCAAAGAUUGAAAAAGAAGCUCCUUGCAAAUCUGUUGCACUGUCAAACAACUUUGCAAUCUCUCGGCUCCCAGCGGUUGCACCUCAGAACAGACAAUAAGGGAAGAAUUGUGCUAGCGGCUUUCCUCAUGGACAUUGACCUAUUGCAUCCAGAUCCCGCGGAGGAGAAGUCAAGGCACAAGCUAAAGCGAAUGAUCCAGUCGCCGAACAGCUUCUUCAUGGAUGUGAAAUGCCCUGGCUGCUUGCAGAUCACCACAGUCUUCAGCCAUGCGCAGACCGUGGUGCUAUGUGGCAACUGCAACCAGAUGUGUGUUGGAUCAAUCUGGUUUUGUCGUGCUGUUUACUGAAAUCUAGCUUCAAUCCUUCAAGACCUUUUGACAGGCUGCACAUUUAUCAAUUACCUCUUCCUCUCGAAUCAUGUCAAGUCUUGGUUUGUGACAAGAAGAAAGCGAGGACGAGAACAUGGUCAGAGCAUUUGAGAAUUGCCAAGGCUUUGUCAGCCAACUGGUGGCCUUGCUCGGCUCACAGAGGGAUGCUCUUUUCGGAGGAAAGCUGAUUAGAAAUUC